GGUCGCUGCCCUACUUUACGACGUCACUUAAGAUGGCGCUCUAUCUGGGCAUUCAUGGCUAACAGACAACCGCCAGAAAGGGCCCCUAGUGGGCAGCCCCUGACAGACACCAUGUCCCACUACAAGCGGCCUCGUCCCCAGAGUCCCCAGACACACCGUGAUAUACCCCAGGGGUACAUCUACGUGGCUGCUGACCAGCAACGGUUCCCAAUGACAGCCGCUGGUCAACAUUAUUCUCUCUACCCUCCACAGGCGGCACGCCACCAGGAAUUAGCUGCUGUUGAUUACCGUGACCAGAGAGGAGACCAGUUCAACAUCCGACGACGUCCAUCUUUGCUGUCAGAGUUCCAAGGUCACACAGGCACGGAACGUGAACGGGGAAAUGAAUAUUACAGCUUUGAGCCCGUCCGAGCGCCACCUGUCACCACGCAGACAGAGACGGAGUCAGUCUUGGCCCCAAAGCGCCCUCGCCUGUCUAUGGAGAGCCAGGAAGACGUCAAGCCAAUUAGGCCGGUACCCUUGGCCAGCGAUCCACGCUUGCACAUUGCCCAGCCUGAGAUCAAAAAGGAGCAGCCUUACUUUCCCAAAGUUGAGAACGUCUCGCCCACCCCUAUCGAGCAAGAGUCCCCCUCCAAGGUGUCCAAGGAAGGCUUGAUCCAGUCCAUGGAGCGUGUGGACCGAGAGAUAGCCAAGGUGGACUCCCAGAUCAGCAAGCUCAAGAAGAAGCAGCAAGAGCUAGAAGAACGGGCUGCCAAGCCUCCGCAAACCGACAAGCCAGAGUCGCCCGGUAGCCUGAUCCCUGAGCCUAAGCAGCAGAACCUCAUACAGGUCAUCUAUGCUGAGAACAGGAGGAAAGCAGAAGCCGCCCAUAAGAUGCUUGCCAACCUGGGACCUGGUAAUGACUUGCCAAUGUACAACCAGCCUUCAGACAGUGAGCAGUAUCAAGAGAAUCUUAAAACCAAUUUGGAGAUGCGGAGGAAGCUCAUUCUGUUUUUCAAACGAAGGAACAGCGCAAGGAAAAUGAGGGAGAGAUAUCUGUGCCAGCGAUAUGAUUACCUCUUUGACAAGUGGGAGAAAAGGAUGGAACAACUUGAAAACAAUCCUAAGAGAAAAGCAAAAGAUGCCAAGGUGCGGGAGUACUUUGAGAAGCAAUUUCCCGAGAUCCGCAAGCAGCGCGAACAGCAAGAGAGAUUCUCCAGAGCGGGAACACGGAGCAGCUGGGGCAACAUUGCCCGCAGCGAUGCCGAGCUGGCGGAGAUUGUAGACGGCUUGAAUGAACAAGAAGCCAACGACAGACACAUCCGCAGUCUGGCCGUGGUACCGCCUCUCCUUUUCGAUGCAGAGCAGCGAAAAGUCAAAUUCAUCAACAAGAAUGGCCUUGUUGAAGAUCCCCUGAAGGAGCAUAAAGAUCGGUUGCGGAUCAACAUCUGGGACGACGAGGAGAAGGAAAUCUUCCGGGAGAAGUUCAUUCUUCAUCCCAAGAACUUCCAACUGGUGGCUUCCUUUCUUGAGAGGAAGAGCAUCGCGGAUUGCGUCCUGUACUACUACCAGACAAAGAAGAAUGAGAGUUACAAACAGAUGUUACGCAAGAGUCACGUCAACAAACGGAAGAAGGGCUUCCCUCCGAAGGCGUCGGUCUCCCGGCAACAACAGGCAGAGAUUGAGGUGAAGGAGGAGAAGGAUAAAGACGCUGAGGAAUCCUCAGACCAGUCAAAGGACAAAGACAAGUCGGCUAAAGAUAAAGACAAGGUCAAGGAAGAGCCCAAAGACACCAAGGAGGACCUCAAAGAGGACAAGCAGGAGGCAAAAAAGGAGAAAGGGGAGGAGGCGGAGUCUGACAAGAUGGAGGUGGACAGCAAGGACAAGAAGAGCGAGAUGAUGAGUGAGAAAGGCGAGGGGAGCAGCAACGGCAGUAAGGACAGGAACGGUAGCACCCCAGCCAAGACAGACCAGUCAGCCUCUGACUCCUCCCCGAACACCUGUUCCCUGUGUAAGAACCAGCUAGAUACCUACAGCCUGAGCCGGCCCGUCAACGAAAGCAACUGCGACAUGUUUGGGGUCAACAAGACGGAGGUCACCCCCAACAUGAGGGUGUGCAGUCGCUGCCGCUGCCGGUCCAUCAAACGCAGGUGGGUCAGAGGUCACAGGCCACAGAAUCGGAGCUCAAGAUGUCCGAUGCCAUUCUGCAAGACGCCACGGAGGCGAGUGAGACGUCUGAAGAGCUUACCAGCCAAAUGGGCAGAGCUUCCCCACAACCACAAGAAAGGCAUCUGUGAGGAACUUGGCCUUCCGGUGGACCAGAUUACCAACAAAUGCUGCGCUGCCUGCUUCAAUCGCAUUGCCCGGAAGCUGGGCGCGGACGGCACAGAGCUGGAAGCCUCUGGUACAACUCCACCCUCCGACGGGCAAGAACCAGUUAUCAAUGAAACCUCCAGAUGGACGGAAGAAGAAAUGGAGAUUGCUAAAGAUGGUUUACUGAAGCACGGUCGAGACUGGGCCUCCAUCUCCAAAGCCGUUGGCACCAAGACUGAAGCUCAGUGCAAGAAUUUCUACUUCAACUACAAGAGGAAAUUCAACCUGGAACAGAUUCUUGAGGAACACAACAGGAAAGCUAAGGUGGAAAGAGAACAUCGCAUUUCCACUACAGAGAGUACUGUUUCCACACUGACUGCCAUGUCAGAUGAUGAUGAUGAUUCUAUGAUGUUCAGUGAUGAAGAGAACGAUGCUGACAACGACAUGGGUAGCUCAGACACGGACAGUGCCAGCGAAAACGAUGGAGACAGCUUGUCCAGGAAGCUUAAAAAGGGAGAAGGCGGGGAGGCUGGGCUUGGAGGAACUGAGCCCAUGGAAGUGGGAGGUCCUAGCAUUGCAUCUGUUGCUGUCACGGUCGGUGGAGCCGGAGACAACAAGGGGAGCUUGCCGGACACCGGGCAUGACAAAAACCAGUCGGGAAACGACAAGGGUGGUGGUAGGGCAAGCGACAAUCCAGAGGGGGCCAGGCGCGACGUUGGUAACACCGAACAAAAGGCAGAGCAGCCGAAGGAUGUUGACGCUGCUAAGAAGACGACAGCAGAACCCCAGCAACCUCCCAGGCCUUCCUCUCAAGCUGACCAGCCAUCUCUUAAUGCAGAGAUGCUGCCAAGCCGUGCAGAGCUCCCUCUUGGCCCUCCCAGGCCUUCCUCUCAACCUGAACAGCCGUCUCUUAAUGCAGAGAUGCUGCCAAGUCGUGCUGAGCUCCCUCCUGGCCCAACACGGCCUCGUGAUGAGGACGACUCCAGUGCCACAUGUAGCGCCGAUGAAGGCCAAUCCCACGAAGACGUGGAAGCUGUUGUCAUCCAAGAGCCAACCAACUCAUCCUUGAUGCCACUAACCCGACGAGCCCUGGAAAGUCAGGGCCAAUCCGCUUGCGACAAGGUCUCCUCUAGCGACGAGAAACGAUUCUUCCACCACCACCAACUCCCAGCCAACAGAGACAGGUUAGGAGAGCUCUCGUCCUCAUCACAACCUCCAUCCCAGCCGCAGGUGCAAACUCAGCAGGACGGCAGGCAGGCCAGGAUGGGGAUCUCUGGGGAUGCCGGCAGCUCAGGGAAACCCAACCCAACCCUGGCCGAAUUCCUGGGAAUGGAAGGCAAAGAAGUCAACAACAUCAAAGAUUUGAUCGACUCAGCCAUCGAUAAGCACCUUGGCAAGGCGACAUCCAGUGCCAGCUCUCCUGGUCAGCAAGACUCGGUGACCGGCAACCCUUCCUCCCUAUCUGAUUCCCGUCGCAGUCCAGCCUCGGCCAAGGACCUCAAGGAAUCUCAGGAGGGGCGUCGGUCCUCAGAGAGCAUGUACCGCGAGAUGCACUCAGGCCGCAGCACACCCUGGGCAGACUCCAGCGAGGGCAAAGACCGUCGGAUACCGGCCUCUCGAGGGGAGCCGGGGGUGGCCUAUGUCUCGCCUCACAUCUCCCACACGUCUCAAGUCCAUCACAGGACUCAACAGCAGCAGCAGAAGUCGCUGCAGGAGCGAGAUGUCUAUGAAGUUGGAAGCAGUCACCCAGAUAUACCCAGUAUGAGGUAUCCAGGCAGAGCCAUCAGUCAGGCCUUGUACCCAGGUGCCCGCUAUCCACGAGAUGCACACGGAGACAUGUACCCUGACCGGGAUCAGCACCCACAUGUGUCCUCCCCACCCGGGGUACCCACAGGUGCCCGACCGCCCCGGUCUGGUUCCCCGUUUGCUCUUGUGCCCAUGGACAGAGCCUCCCAGUCACAGCAGCAACACCGGGCUAUCCCACCACCCAGAUCCACCAAGGCGAACGUUCCGCCACCCCCUCCCCUGAUCAACAAGCUGUCGCCCAAGCCUAUCAAGACUGAGAAGCCGUCACCCCUGGGCCAACUCCACAGUGGGUCCAUCACACAGGGUACACCCAUCAACUUCUCCACGGCUGCGAACCCUCCCUCCAGUCGAUAUGAAAGGACCCCAGCUGGCUAUGAUGGACUGCUGGUCAAGGGUCAACCCUCAGCGACUUCCCCACGGCAGGAGGGGGUAGGGGGAGGGGGAUCCAUCACCCAGGGGACGCCCAUAAAUAGAGGGGGACGGGAGUUGCCUGGUGGGUCCAUCGUCAGGGGUGUACCUAUGCAGCCUCCGUUGCAUGAACCAUCAGGUUCUAAAGGUUCAAGCAUGAAUCAUGAAAGUCAGAGAGCCACUCCUGGUGCUUACGAAGCAGGCACCACGCGGAGCACCCCUGUCACCUAUGAGGGCGAGAGACCUAGAGUGACCCAGUCUGGGUCUCGUCAUGAACAGCUCAUGCACCGGGUUACUAUUUAUGACAACCCUUUGGCCAGACGGUCACCAGUGUACGUGGAUACCAGCGGGACGGUUCGAGCAUCCAACCCUUUUGAACGCCCCAUGCCCCACUUGCCAGUAGAUGCAUCGGCAAUGUACCUGGCACGUCAUCAGGAUUACAUGAACAGUCUAAUGGCUAGAUCAAGCCAGCCAGACACCACAUCCUUCAACAGCUCCAAGGAAACAUUGGCCGGUGAUUUUGCAACAGCAAAGCAAAUGAGCCAGCGAACUUCCACUAUUGCAGGGGACUAUGCGACAGCUAAACAGAUGAGUCAACAGCAGCAACAACAACAACAGCAGCAGCUGUCGCACCAACUGGUUGGUCAGCCCAUCACCCAGCAGAUGGCACAGCAGAUGAGCCAGUCCGUCGGGCAGCCACGAGGGAGCCAGUACCCACCAGCCACUACGGCAAAAGACUCUCGACUCUCUCCUCGCAGAGAGUCACCGAUGUCCAAGAAUUUCCAACCAGGCCAGCAGCAGGUGUUAGACCAACAGAUCCAGCAACAGAUGUUGCAGUAUGCCUCGGUCACCCCGCAUGGACAGAUUGUCUACGGGAUGUACAUACACCCGAGCCAUUCCCAUCUCCUUGCUCAGCACUACCCAGGAGGUAUCCCCUCCCCUCACCCUCCCCACCCCUCCAUCAGUCCCCACACUACGCAGGCCCACCCGUCAUCCCAACACCCCGCCCACACGGACAGACGUACGACCUCUCCCAUGCAGCAACAGCAACAGCAGCAGCGGGAGGUGACAUCACCAGCCGAGCAUUAUACCCAGCAGCAAGCUGUGAAUUUAUCCCACAGGUGGCCUGCACCGCAAGGAGCGGGUGCAGUGCGCUUCAAGCACCCACCCAGAGGCUCCAGCCCUGGUGCCCAUCCAGGCUCCGGGGUGCACCCGGUCACCCAUCCGGGCUCCUUUCCAUCGACCUCCUCCCACGCUGUGACCGCUGCUCAUAGCAUUUCCACUGUCCAUCCGGCUUAUUCCAGCCAUCCUGGUGCCCAUUUGGUGGGUACCAGCCACCCAGGGCCCCAUCACAUGAUUGCUGGUGCGAUUGGGGGUAGCAUCAUGAGAGGUACACCCAUCAGACCCCCUCCCAGCAUCACCAUGGGAACACCCAAUCCUGAGUUAAGGGAAGAGACACCAAGAAGUCGAGCAGAGAGUACCUCAGGGUCUGGUGGCAGUAAGUCUCCCGGUGCAGCCAGUGGCUCAGAAGCCUUCCGUACUUUGGUCCAUGUGGCUGCCUCAGCCGAAACUCUGGGAACAGCUCAAGAGAAAGAAGCAAGGAGAAUGCAACAAGCCAGUCAGGAGAGCAGAGAACGUGAUGCCAGCUCCUCUAGUGAAUCUCAUGGCUAUCCACGAAGGCCCUACUCGGCCGGUUCCAGUCACUCCGGUCCGGGUCAAGAACGCCGGAUCUCCACAUCAUCUGAGAGUAAAGAGAGGAAAGAGGCAGGGAGACACAGUGAGCAACAGAGGAAUCACAGUAUAGAGCCGGAUGCCUCGGCCAUCUUUGCUGCCCUGUUUGAGAAGGAUAAGCAGACGCCACGGGUCUCUCCUGAGGAUGAAUCGGUGAGCUCCAGCCGGCCGCUGACAGCUGCUAAUCUGAUUGAUGUCAUCAUCACACGCUCCAUCAACCAGCCCAUGCAUGAUAAUCAGGAUCCGGCUACUGACUCGGACAGCGGAGAUGGUUUAUCUAUUGGGCGGAACACAGGCACAUCAAACGAGAAGUGUGGCAAGACAGUCUCUGAUUCGGACUCCCUGCAGCCUGAGAACGGAGACAGUAAUGUGCCCUCCUCUUCAACGGAACGUUCUCCAAGUGCCGCCAAGGAUCCAAAGCAGCAAGAGAAAGAGACAGGUGGAGAUCAGCAGGAGAGGCCUCAGGAAAGCCUCGUCCCAGUGACUUCCCCUUCCCCACCCCAGCCCAUGACCCUGGCUGAGCAUAUAGACACUAUCAUCUCCAUGGGCUACAACAAGACAGAACAGAUGAGUCAGACAUCAGCCCCUGGAAGCUCGACCAUAGCCAAGCGUGAUCGUGGGAAAACAUCUGGGGUUGAUACUACAGAAAGCCGUGACCAGGGACCAUCGUCCAGCUCCCCUCGUGCUAGAUACAGGACACCCGACAGUGAAGUAGGAUCAACCAAUGAUGCGGCCCGGAGAAGCAGUCCCGUAGCUUCAUCCUUACAGAGCAUGCAUUGUGCCCGCAGUAGCACAAGUGACUCCAGAGUGAGGAGCCAGUUGAUGUCUUAUGCUGGGUCUGCUGAACCAAGUAUCAACAGCUCCAAAGAAGGUAGUCCAAGAAGCCGGACAGCAUCCACAGCGUCUGAUAUAUCCAGUGCUUCUGCUUCUCCGGCUAGUGCAAGACCUGACAGCUACUCAAACAGAGUGUCAUCUCAGUGGAGUUCACGGAAGGACCAAGAAGCUACAUCAGCAGGGAGGGUCUCGCGUAGCUCAUCUGAACAGAGCCGGGAGGCAUCACCGGUGAGUGUCAGUGACAUGGCCCCGUCAGCAGCCUCUUGGCAGAGGAAGUACCAACAGGAGGGUAAUGGAGCUGAUAGCAGCGAGAAUGCCUCCAGGGGCUCUCAGCCGCAAUUCAGGGUCCACAGCUCCCAGUCCACUUCUCCACACCAGGGAGAAAGCUGGGGUGUGGCUGAUUCCAACAGGCCGCCUUCUCGAAGCAGACGCAGGGAUUCGCCCAAGACCAUUGUGGAGCCGGGAUCAAGCUCUUCAUCAGUGCUGGAUGCUGCUUCAAGCAGUGAAGACCGAGCCCGUUUCACCCCAGGCCCUGCAGAGAGUGGAGUCAGCGAUAGCCAACGACAGCUCAGCAGCAGCCUUUCAGACACCAAGUCCAGACCAGAAGCGGAGAGCUCUCGAGGAAGCAACCCAGCUCCGCAGAGCACCUCUCAGGAGUACAACUCGGAAAGUCCAGUGCAACCCACUGAAAGCAUGUCCCAGAUGAGACAGUGUCUGAUGGGUGCGGCUCAGUCAUUGGUGAACAGAUCCCCAAAGCAUGGACAUCCUAGCAUGCUGCCAAGUAGCAGUCACGGGAGACAACCACAGAGGAAGGACACUAGUGUGUUCAGGUUUGAUCUGCAGAGGUCCAUUGAUCGCAUGAUCGAAUCCCAGGUGCGAAUGGAGGCACCAGUUCGGAUGGACACCAAGGUCACCAAAAUGGAUGAUUAUGUGACGCAGCUGGUAGAAGCCGAGAUGUCUAGCUCCCGGUCUUCCCCACAGCGUUGCGACAGCCGAGAGAGCACCAGCACGGCAGAGUCUGGUGGCUUAGAAGUGGAUGAAAGCCGACUCUCUGAUGUCUCAGACUUGGACAAUCACGAGGCAGAGUCAGUCCAGCAACCGAAUGUCUCCCAGCAGCAUAUGAGAGGGGCAAGUCCUCGACUGCCUUCCCGAGAUAGCAGGGAAGGCGAAGCAGCACCAAGCUCAACACCUGUGGAUGGUUCACUAAGGUUGAGUGUCGGCUCUUCCAGUUGCAUGAGUAGUAACAGGGCUUCAGGUGUAACCUCACCCAACAUGGCUGGACAGUCCCAGCCCGAUCUUUGUAAUCAACCCAGCCAGUCAGUACCUACGUCCUGCCCAUCACCAGCUUCCCAGCAUGGCUUUCCCACUUCGGGGACCGGUCAGGCUGGGAACCAGUUUGCAUAUUCAGCUCUCUCAUUCCGAUCAGCAGCGGGGGCUUCCCCGGCUGCCACCUCCUCCGCAACAAGCUCUACCCAGAACCACCUGGCCAGUGCCCAUCUCAGGAUCCCAUCACCCCACCUGGGACCCACCAGGGGGCCAUCACCGGUACCCGGUCCAGGGAUAUCUUGUGUCCGUGACAGAGAACCUGCACCAUUGCUAUCUUCUCAGUAUGAGACCUUAUCAGAUAGCGAUUAACCUAAAAGUUAGUGUAGAAAUAGUGAUGUAGCAGGUACCAACAGUGAUACUAGGUAUCAAUAACUUGGUUAUUGACGUCGAUCUCUCAAGUUGAAGAACAUUUUAAGGUUGAAGUACAUUUAUUUUUAUGAAGCCUCCCAGCUGAUAUGCACGUUAUUGUGAAGAAUGGUAAGGACAUUUUGUUAAGCCAUGCAGUGCUACUCGUAUUCUCUGAUCUAGUAUUAUCCAUGGUGAAAUAGCUUUCUUCUGAUGCAAGUUUUCAGAUGGAUGGAAGAAAAAAAUACUUUUGCCAAACAAGAGGUUGCUGCCCUCUCCUUUUUUUUAGUUUUCCCUUUUGAAAGAAACUGUCACGGCAAAGUAGUAAUCCUUAAAUAAAAAAAACUAGGACAAGAAACAAUCAUGGAUCAGAAUGUAAGAAUGUUACUUUAUUAUUACCUUGUUGAUGGAAGUAGCAUGCAAUUUUAUUUUUCAGAAAAUCUUAUCUGUGUUAAAUUAAAGUUCUUUUGUUUCUUUUAAGACAAAUGUCCCAGACAUUUUCCCAUUCAUGUAUACUUCUGUUAUAAUGUAAAAAAAACCACUGUGAUAACAGUCAAGUACAUUUUGUUAGAUAUUUUUAGUUGUUUGUUUUACAGAGACGCUUGUGACUGAGACAAAACUGUGUCUGUUUUGUAAUGGUUUCUUGUGUUGAGGGUUACAAGUCAAUAGAAGUGAUCACAUGAAUGUUUGUGAUGGGACAUGUAUGUAUCACUUAGCCAGUGUCCACAUAUGAUUUCCCAGUGUAUGUGCACACGAAGAUAGCAAAUGCUGUUAUGAUUCAGCACAGCGCAGCCUCACUGUUACUAGAGGUGCACUUGGAGUGUAGCGACUCAACCUGGAUACAAAAUGGUAUAUGUACAAUAUGAUAAAGUGUGCAUCACUGCACGGGGUGUCCAUUUUGUGUCCAGAAAUUACAGCAGUGGUUAAAUCUGCUUAGCAUAGGCAGGUUACCAGCUGCAUGACAUUUGUUCUGGUUGUCGGUGUAUGCAGCGCUACCCAUCUGUUAUUGCAUCAGGCUGUGCAUGUUGGUUUAGCAUGCACUCCAAAAUCAGACACAUUACCAGAAGAAAAUUUGACAUGCAAGUUCAUUGCUUACAGAGAGCCCUUUGUCCGUAAACUUUACUCAUUUUUUCUUGAGUAUACUUUUGAUUAGAGUUCCAAGUGCUGUCACCAUGCCUAAAAUUUGCUGUAAGUUAUUAACAGCGUAAAAUUUGUGUUUUCUUAAGAUGCACUUGUAUGAUUGUAACACGACAAAAGGUAUUGAUGCUUUACUGCAAGGUAACGGUGAUUUCUUUGUUGGCCAAAGUUGUAUGACCACUGAAUUGUUGCUUUGUCUUGUAAUUCAGAACUCAACACCUAGGGUUUUGUUUGUGUUUUGGUUUUGUGUUUUUUGUGAAGAAAAUGAUGCGGGAAAUAUAAAGCAUAAAAACAUAAAUGUACAGAUUUUCUGUUGGUGAAGAU